CGGGAGGCUGCCCGGCGCCAGCCGGGGCAGAGCGGCCGCCGGGGGACGCGCCGGGGCUGGGGCCGGGGCCGGGAUGCUGCGCCCGCUCCCCGGCAGGUGGCUGCCCCGGGCUGCGCGCUGAACGCGCCGCUCCCGCCGCCCCAGCGCACCCGAGCCGGCCCCGGGAGCUGGCGCUGCCCGGCCGGGGCAUGUCCAGGAAGAAAACCCUCAAGAGCAAGGGGGGGAGCAGCCCCCCGCCCGCCUCCGCGCUGCCCCCCGCCGCCGCCGAGAGCGGCCCGGCCGGCGGGGCGGCGGCGGCGGCCGGAGCCAAGGGGGGCAGCCGCCGCCCCCGCCCCCGCCCGGAGCUGCCCCUCAACGGGGCGGUGCUGCCCAGCCGGCCCUCCCUGAGCAGCAGCGGCGAGUUCUACGACGUGGCCUUCAAGGUGAUGUUGGUUGGUGACUCUGGGGUUGGCAAAACCUGCCUUCUGGUGCGGUUUAAAGAUGGCGCUUUCCUGGCCGGCAGCUUCAUUUCUACGGUUGGAAUUGACUUCAGGAUUUUGAGUGCUGCAAACACCACUCAAGGAUGCUUGCCAGGUGCUAGAAGCUGUCCGGUUUGUUCUUUACUCCUUUUCUCCCUCCAGAAUAAAGUCUUAAAUGUGGAUGCAGUGAAGGUAAAGCUGCAGAUCUGGGACACCGCGGGGCAGGAGAGGUUCCGCAGCGUCACUCACGCCUAUUACCGAGACGCCCAUGCUUUGUUACUGCUGUACGAUGUUACAAAUAGAGCCUCGUUUGACAACAUCCAAGCAUGGCUGACCGAGAUCCAUGAAUACGCACAGCAAGAUGUGGUCCUCAUGCUGCUGGGAAAUAAGGUGGAUUCGACCCAGGACAGAGUGGUAAAAAGGGAAGAUGGAGAGAAAUUAGCCAAGGAGUACGGCGUGCCCUUUAUGGAGACCAGCGCGAAAAGCGGCUUGAAUGUCGACUUGGCCUUUACAGCCAUUGCAAAGGAGCUGAAACACAGGUCCAUGAAGCUGCCCAAUGAGCCCAAAUUCAAGCUCCAUGACUAUGUGAAGAAGGAAGUCAGAGGCUCGGGAUGCUGCAGAUCCUAAAGUGCAGGCUCCAGGAGCCAGGGCAGCUGUACAGAGACUCAUGCCAAGUGUUCAUGUGCCACACUCCCUCCUCGUGGACAGUUUAUGUGCAUGUGUGUUCAUUGUCUGUGUAUUCUCGUAAAGGUGAGCUCAGAUGUGGAGUGAAAGGAGCAGAAGAAAAGGGUCUUUCUUGGUAGCUCCGACACUGGCUCUGGUGCAGCCACGACAUUCCAGGCAUCACGGCCCAACACCCCAUUGUAGUAGUAUUCGUUAAUUCCACGCUGUGAUCGCUUCAGGUGGGUUGUAAAACUUCAAGUUCCUCCCAGGGGGAUUGUCUGUCCCACAUCAGUCAUUGGGGACCUGUCCAUUCCUACGAGCUAACGGUUGCUAAUCCUGACAUGGGUUUGAUGCAGACUUUCUCUAACGUGUCCAGAGAGGAGUUUGGUAUUGGUCCACAUGCACACCUAGACAUCAAGAACUUAUCAUCAUGGUGGCUCUUGACACUUACUCCCUCUGUGGCCUUGGGCAAGUCAUUUUGACCUCCUUGUGCCUUGGUUUUCCCACCUGUACAAUGGGGAUGGUAAUACCUACCCAGCAGCAGAGGGCACUGAGAGGAUUAAUGUUGGAAAGGCACUAUAGACGUGCUAGGUAUUAUUAUACAACUGAGGGAAACUCCACCCUCCUACCCCCCACCCCACCAUACCUUUGUUUCUGGGCUACCCCGCUCCAUUCCAUUUUUCUUUUCCCACUCAGAAUUCAAUUAUGAAAACAUUUUGGGGCAGGGGACAUUUUGUGUGUAUUAGAGAUCUAUAAACAUGCCCAAGAAAGAUCCCUGUUUUCAAGGCAAACAUUUUUGUAGUCUCUCCCUUCUUACAUAUGUCAGUUUUACCAUGUUGUGUAACAUACAUUCCUUGCUAGAGGCUUCUCCUGCUCUGCCCUGCAAAAGACAAGAGCUUAUCUGUCUGGUUUUGAGUAAGCUCCUGCAAACAUACCUGUUGUACAGAGAAACCCUGACUGUUUACAUGUUUGAUAAAGGCUUUUGCUCUCCAUUAUUGCUGUUUCUAGUAUUCGGAGUAAGUAAAAAAUCCCAAUGUAUUGCAGCUUAUUCUAACUAUCUUAAUGUGGGUGAUAGCGUUUUCAGACUGCAAUGCUGCUUUGAUUUCUUUAAAACUCUCUUGGGAUAGAUCUUGCUUUCAGCUAAAGAAAACCAAGGAGAAUGCUAUAGGUUUUAACUGUACAGGUUUGUUAAAAGCCUUUUGCUAGCACUGUUCAUUGGAAUCUGUUAUUUUUGUAAUGCACUUCUAAAUGCAAUGUUUGGGGGAGUUCAGAGACAUUGUUGCCAAAAGGGGAUUUUUAACUGCGGAUAGUUGCAAAUUUCAUAUUUACGACUGUCAGGGUUAACUGCACUGAAUUCCCAACACCACUUUAAUUGUGAAAUAAACAGUUACUUUAGUCAGCAAAUCAAACCCCCACCAGCUGCAAGCAGGUUGGGGAUUUACUUAGCUGAUUAAAAUCCACCCCCUUGUUCUGUUCAGCUGAACUGAGUUGAGUUGUGAUGCUGCAUUCUGUCCACACCUGCAACUUGCUCCUGCCAAAGGGAGUGUGGAGUUUGAAAGGAAUGCAAGAUUCAGGCACAGCCACUGAAGCAGUGGCCUCAGAGUUACUUUUCCUCAAUGAGCUGCUUUAAAGGUGAGUGCUGUACAAAGAAUUGCAACUUUAACAAUAGAGGUACUCUGUUAAGGUCAGUCUGAUGCAUUUUUAGUAGCAGCAGCAGGGCAAGGAAGAGUCAUAAAAACAAAAGCUGCAAUCCCGCCCUAGUCAAAACACGGCAAUUAUUUUUUCCUGGAAUUUUUUUCAGAUUUUUGCUUACAAAUUGUAAACUUUUUUUAUUUUAAUAAACAUUUUUCUUCAAAAAAAUUUACCAAAAAUUUUGAUUUGUUGCCAAAAAAAAGGUCAAAAUAUUUUGAUGAAAAUCUUUGGACAGCUGUACAGUACUGCAGCAGAUACCUACUCUACCUUCUAGUGCAAUAACAUAUGAACCUUGGCCUGAAGAGGGAGAUGCUGAUAAAUCCCAGCUCUGUGCUAUAAAUAACUGACCCCCCGCCCAAGACAUGCUAUUGGAUAGGACUCAGUGUGCUGUUCUGCCAGUGUUUGCAGGCAAUGAAAUGCAUCAUGCGGACUGCACGUCCUGGCAGUUGUCUCUAUGAAGCUAGUGUGCCCUGUAGCAGGGACCCGUGAAGUGCAACGACUGCACUCGAUUCAGCAAACUCAUCUGAUCCCCACCCUCUCGGCCUCAGAGCUGUGUCUGGUAGAUCACAGAAGCCACAUGCAGGGAGCAGAGUGGAUUUUAGAAAAGAUGCAAGUGGACAGCAUGUUUUAACUGGCAUUUGUUCAAGCAGAGCAAAGAUGGUUUAAGAUCUCUCCUAUGAGCAGCUGCUGCCUAUUCUCUGGGAAACUAUUUUGUUAGUAACUGCAGCACAAACAUUGUUUCCUCACAAGAGGCUACCUUCUACAUAUAAGGUACUUGCUCUCUGGGUAAAGAGCCACGUGUUUGCAAUAACAACCAUGUGAGUCACACAUUAGACCACAGAACUAUACACCCUAAAAUUGUCCAAUUCAUGGCGGUUUUCACUUUUUGCAAGCUUGUAAGCAGCAGCAAGGGCAGAGUGGGAGUUGAAGAUUAAGGAGAUAAUGAGUCUGGACAAUGGCAUUACAGUGUGCAAGUGAGCUUUGCUGUGCUUCCCUUGCUGCUAUCAUCAGUAUCUCUGUCCUGCCCACAUAGCUGGCAACAGAGUUUUUUUUAGCUAGCCAGCCUCAACCUCUUUGGCUGAAUAUGAAUGGAGAUACCAGUAAGUGGCACUCCUAUUUAUUGAUUCUACUGCUACUGCCUGUGUACCAAUAUUCUGAGUCAGUACAGUAUUUUCAGAACUCAUAGGCAGAGGUAGACAGAGGGGGACAUUAGAGCAUCACUAUGAUUCAUUUGGGCAGUGACAGUCUGGAUCUGGCCAAAAUUUGCUUCUGGAGCACUUCCUCCUCCUUUUGAUCUGCACAGCGAAGUCCUUCAAGGAGCUUUCUGGUGGCUCCUAAAUAAAGUACUGCCCCCUGCCUACUACUGAACGAGUACCAACUUAGGGAAAUCACCCAUAAACCAAAACUUGUUAAUUAGAGUCUGCUUUUAAAAGAACUGAGAAGCAUAUGGGGAUCCCCCACUGCAAGACACCAGUCUCAUUCACUGUAUGGAGAGGCCCAAUAGUGACAACUAAUUGCAAAGUCCUUCCACAGGAUACUUAAUCCUAAAGUUCUGGCAGAUUGCUGCCAUUCUCCUAGCAGGGCAUAAUCCUUUGAGCUUUGCUGUCUUUGAUAAACCUGAAAAGAACCCCCACCUCCAUUCUUUACAAUCUGCAAGCAGGAACAGAACUAUUUAAAAAUCAGAUAUUUAAGUGUGCUUUCCUGCCUUCCUCCCCAAUUAAAUCCCCCUGGUGUGACGCAAACAUUGUUUUAAUAGCAGAAAUUUAACCACCAGUAUCAAAAAACUAAAAAUAAGACUAACUGUCCCACUGCACCUGAUUCAAGCCCUCUUUCUGCUGCUUGACUUCUGCAGUCUAUUUCUCAAAACUACUCUACUGCAGCACUUCCUGGGAUUUGUAUAAGUUCUUGGCAUCUAUUUUUACACAGGCUUUUACUGCCCCCAAGCGAGGAAGAAUUAUUCAGUACAAUCAUAAACAAGCCUAAGAACCCUGUGUUGUGUGCACUAACAACUUGCUGUCACUUGUUUUACAGUUUUUAUGUUCUG